AUGUCGGAAGAAGGCACAAUAACAAAGGUAGUCACUGAAACCUGUACAACCGCAGCAGAAGACCAAGUGCCUCUGAUUCUACAUCUCAGAGGUCCCAACACCCAGGAUCGUCCGCACGUUACUUGGGCUGCAGGAACAAUUGACAACGAGCAUCUUAACAGAUAUAAGAGCAAUUGCUGCUGCAUUUGGGUAAAACCACGAGUUUGGAAUGACCCAAGUACUUGGGAACAGGAUGAAUGUGAAGUUGAACACUGUCGAGGUCAUACCCUCCAAGGACAACCACAGGAAAAAAGCAAACCAUGA